AUGAGAGUCAUCGAGGUCAUAAUAGACGGUUUUAAAUCUUAUGCUGUGCGAACCGUUAUUUCAGGAUGGGACGAGAGUUUUAACUCAAUAACUGGCCUAAAUGGGAGCGGAAAAUCAAACAUUCUGGAUGCAAUAUGCUUUGUCUUAGGGAUUACAAAUAUGGCUACAGUCCGGGCACAGAAUCUUCAAGAUCUUAUCUACAAACGUGGGCAGGCUGGCGUUACCAAAGCCAGCGUCACAAUAGUCUUCGAUAACCAUGACACUAAAAAGUCACCUAUUGGAUUCGAGGAGUACUCUCAGAUUAGCGUCACGCGUCAGAUUAUGCUAGGUGGUACGAGCAAAUAUUUGAUAAAUGGCCAUCGGGCACAGCAACAGACUGUACAGAAUCUUUUCCAGUCUGUGCAGCUGAACAUCAACAACCCUAAUUUCCUAAUUAUGCAGGGAAGAAUUACCAAAGUUCUGAAUAUGAAAGCUGUAGAGAUUCUGGCCAUGAUAGAGGAAGCCGCGGGUACGCGUAUGUUUGAGGAUCGAAGGGAUAAAGCGUUCAAGACCAUGGCAAAGAAAGAAAUGAAGGUCCAAGAAAUCACCGAACUCCUACGAGACGAGAUUGAACCCAAAUUGGAAAAGUUACGGACUGAAAAGCGUGCUUUUCUGGAUUUCCAGCAAACGCAGAAUGACUUGGAGCGCUUAACGCGAGUUGUUGUCGCUCACGAUUACAUAAAGAGCCAGGAAAAACAGAAGCAUUCUGCCGAGUCUCUAGAAACCAAAAAACAAUGUGUAAAAGACUUUCAGGAGAGCGCUAUCAAGCUGAAGAGUGAAAUUGAUCAUCUUGCAGAAGAUGUUAAAAUCUGUAAGGCUCAGCGAGACCAAGAGAUGAGGAAGGGGGGGCAAGCAAAUGCCCUAGAAGAACAAGUCAAAAAACAUUCCCAUGAACUAGUGCGCUUAGCUACUGCCAUUGAUCUCAAGAAAUCUAGCGUGUUGGAAGAGACAGAUCGUAAAUCUCACAUCAAAAAGACUGUCACUGAACUUGAAUCACAGGCAAAGCUAAAAGCUAAAACCUACGAAGAGAUUCAAGCAAAAUUUGACAAGGCAAAAGAAGAACUCAGGAAACAAGGUGAGCAAGCCGAGACGAAAGAAGAACUCCUCCAAACCCUGCAAACGGGCGUAGCUUCAAAAGAAGGACAAGAGAGUGGGUAUCAAGGACAGCUUCAAGACGCACGUAACCGAGCUAUUGCAGCAUCAACUGAACAGGAGCAGGUAAAACUCAAGAUUGCUCACCUUGAAAAAAAGGUAAAGGAAGAAGAACCUCGUGCAAACAAAGCCAAGGAGCAAAAUUCAAGCUUGUUGGAAGAGCUCGAGGGCUUACGAUCACAGGCUCAGAGGCUGGAUAAAGAAUAUAAGGACUAUGGAUUUACUCCUGGACAUGAAAAUGAUCUAUUCAAACGUGAAUCCACACUACGUCAGGCAAUUCAAAAUCUCCAAGAGAAGUCGGAUGAGAUGAGACGAAAGGUAGCCAAUAUAGAUUUCAACUAUACCGAUCCUACACCAAAUUUUGACCGUACAAAGGUCAAGGGCUUGGUGGCCCAGUUAUUUACACUAGAAAAAGAUCGGUCCGAUACGGCUACAGCUCUUGAAGUUUGUGCCGGCGGUCGACUUUAUAACGUAGUCGUCGAUAACGAAAUGACCGCUACUCAGUUACUCCAGAGCGGAAAACUAAGAAAGCGUGUAACCAUAAUUCCGCUGAAUAAAAUUGCAGCUUUCAGGGCCUCUUCAGAGAAGAUUGGAGCUGCCCAGAAUGCUGCUCCAGGAAAAGUUAAUUUGGCUCUAUCUUUAAUCGGAUUCAAUGACGAAAUCUCAACCGCCAUGGAAUAUGUGUUUGGAAAUACAUUGAUCUGCAACGACGCAACUACAGCAAGGCGUGUAACUUUCAAUGCGGCAGUUCGAAUGAAAAGCAUAACUCUAGAGGGAGAUUCGUACGACCCAUCUGGAACACUUUCCGGUGGUAGCGCCCCAAACUCAAGCGGGGUUCUAAUCACUCUACAGAAACUCAACGAAUUAAACCGUGAAAGGAAUCUCCAAGAAAAAGAACUUUCAGAUCUUCAAGCCACUAUUUCUAGAGAAAAGCGACGGCUUGAUCAGUUCAAAAAGACGAAGCAGGAACUAGACCUCAAGUCACACGAAAUUAAGCUAUAUGAAGAGCAAAUAAACGGAAACUCUUCAUCAUCUAUUAUUCAAGAGGUUAAGAAUAUGAAAGAUACACUUGUCCAGUUGAAGAGUAAUCUUAUCGAAGCGAAGAAGCGACAAGAUGAGGCGCAAAAUGACGUUAGACGCAUCGAAAAAGAUAUGAAGGACUUUGAUAGCAAUAAAGAUGGCAAGCUCGUAGAGCUUCAAAUAUCUCUCGAUACCCUGCGAAAAUCUCUCACUACCAACUCUGCGACGGUCAAGAAUCUACAAAAAGAGCUACAAAGCGCUCGCUUAGACUCAGAGCACAUCGAAAGUGACCUGACAACAGCUCUAGAACAGCUACGGGACUCCAAACAGGCCCUAAAGAGUCAAGAAGUAGAGAUUGCAGCACUAGUUUCUGAACAGACUUUUGUACAACAAGCACAUAAUUUGGCCCAAGCACAGCUCGAGGAAGAGCAAGCGAAAUUGGUCGGGUUUAAUGAUGAGCUACACUCGCUUGGCGAGGCUUUACGAUCGAAAUCGGCUCGUAUUACCGAAGAAGGACUAGAAAUGCAAAAAUUAGGUCAUCAAGUCGAGAAGCUUUACAAGGAGCAACAGGCUGCUGUCCAAGCUGUGGCUCAGAUGGAGAAAGAGCAUGAGUGGAUUGUGGAUGAGAAGGGUAACUUUGGACGGACAGGUACGGCUUAUGACUUUAAGAGUCAAAAUAUUGCCGAGUGCAAGGCAUCCCUUCGAAAUCUCAACGACCGGUUCCAGGGUAUGAAGAAAAAAAUUAAUCCGAAGGUUAUGAACAUGAUUGAUAGUGUGGAAAAGAAGGAGCUUGCAUUGAAGAACAUGAUGAAGACAGUUAUCCGAGACAAGAAAAAGAUAGAGGAGACUAUUGUCACGUUAGAUGAAUAUAAAAAAAAAGCACUGUUGGAAACUUGGACCAAAGUAAACGGCGAUUUUGGUCAGAUUUUCGCUGAAUUGUUGCCUGGCAGUUUUGCCAAGCUGGAUCCACCUGAAGGUAAAACGAUCAAUGAGGGGCUUGAGGUUAAGGUCUCGUUAGGAAAAGUAUGGAAGCAAUCACUGACUGAAUUUUCAGGAGGACAGCGGUCACUAAUUGCCCUGUCAUUGAUUAUGGCGCUAUUGCAAUUUAAACCAGCUCCUAUGUACAUCUUGGAUGAAGUAGAUGCAGCCCUCGAUCUUUCACAUACGCAAAAUAUAGGACGUCUGAUUAAGACAAGAUUCAAGGGUAGCCAGUUCAUUGUAGUCAGCUUAAAGGACGGCAUGUUUCAGAAUGCCAAUCGUAUUUUUCGUACGCGAUUUUCGGAAGGUACCAGUGUGGUUCAGGCUUUGACGACUAAAAUUAAUGAAGCCCAACGAUUUCCGAUGAAUGUUACUGUCAAGUAA